AUGUCUUCUUACUCGUACCAACCUGGUAGUGCAUUUCAUCCAGGUGCACAAGGAUCUUCGUCCCAUGGCCAUGUCACUGGCACACCAGAGCAAUCUAAUGUGGUGACUCAGCAUGGCCAUAAUGCACCUACCUAUCCAGUAGGAUUUAACGGUGGGCCUCCGUAUACACAGAAUGAGCGCAAUCAUGCACUGGGCGGAGAUUUAGGUAUGCCAACUUCGGAUAACUCAUUCUAUCCAAGUCAUUCCCAGCCUCAGAUGCCAGCACCCACAACCGCUUCAACACCUGGCUAUCAGGCACGAUAUGGCCAUCACCUCGAACCCAAUGCGUCAUCUUUAUCCAUGUCAUCCGACACCACUUCUCAGAAUGAAAUCUCAGCCCCCGACACUUCAACACUUCAAACACAGCUGGCCUUUUAUAAGCGUCGGAUUGAAGAGUAUGAAAUGGGCGAUGAAGAGCGGUCCCGGAAGUCCAAAAAGGCAAAGACAAGGGAAAAGCCCCCCGAGCGAUGCUUUCGAAAGGCUGUCAGCCUUUAUGUGAGCGCACAAGAACUGUAUCGAGACUGGAACGAUGAUUAUUUAGAAAGGAAUGGUAUGGCUUCGGCAAAGUUUAGGGAUGUUGACACCAAACGAAACUUCGAUCGUAAUGUUUCUAGCUUCAAUAAGCUCUUAGAAUACAUUCCAAGGCUUCAAAUGAUGAUAGACGGAGAUGCCAGCAGCCAAGAGAUAAGGGAAUAUCUACACAAGAUUGAUCAGGGUGGAAAUGCAGCCCGCUCAGACGAUUGCAACCACAUUAAGGAAUUCUUUAGAGACUUCCUCAAUGCCGAGCACCGCCCUGAGGUUUUGUUUACAAAAGAACGGACUGGACGUGGUGUGCAGAAUGACAUAACCGGUAAAUAUCUUUGUCCGAUUCAUUACAACUGGGAUGACCCCAGUGUUUGCACACGUAUCCGUGCGGGUAAUAUUAUGGAUCCGAAAUUCCCGAUUUUUGUCAAUUAUUAUCUUUGGUUUUUGUAUCCUGAUGGAUAUGAGCUGCCGCCUAAUGGUAGAGUUGAGCAUUUGUUUUUACGAAGUCUGAUCUUGGUCAAGGUAUGGUGCUAUAUUUUUACCUCACCAGGAUCAGCCGAAGCCAUUAUCAAAAAUCCUAAUGGCGGACCUCCUAUUCGAAAUCGAGCCUACGCUCCAUCAACCAAAUCGACUAAAACAAAUGUUGCCCGCUUGAUAGGAAUGACCAGUGUUACAGCCCAUAGCAUUGCCUAUACUGUUAUCAUGACAGGCUUCAACCUUACAGAUGCUUUGUUUUGGACCUCGAAAUACAAUAACUUCAACUUCCAUGCACUCUAUGAUUUCAUCGUGGACUAUUUCCGGGAAUCAACACCAGAAUCCGAGGAUCUUCUGCGAUGGUGGAAUAGCAUGGUUUUUCCCAAUGGUGUCGGCGCUGCUAUUGACAGAACGGAAGCAUCUACAAAUGCUUCUUAUUCACUUCUAGAAGCUUCUCGUGCUACCGCUUCAACUACUUUCUCAACUUAA